GAUGGCGGUGCGGCGGCGGCUGCAGGAGAUGUUCCAGGACCCGCAGCCCGGCGGCGUCAUCACAGUGGAGCGGCCGCCGCCGCCCGCAGCCGCGCGGGUCCAGCGGCCGCCGCCGCCGCCCGCGGGCUCGGCGGGGAGGGCGCCGCCGCGGCGGCGGCUGCGGCCGGAGGAGUGGGCCGUGUUCCAGUGCCGCGGCUGCCGCGCGGUGCUGGGCGACUCGCUGCACCUGUGCGCGCAGGAGGAGCGGCGCCUCGGGCUCCUCGUCUGCCUCAAAGUCACGAACGACGUCGCGUGGGAAGAGUCGCUGAUGAUCGGCCUUGAGGGCGCCCUCCUGGGGUGCGCUUUCAAUGCGUUAUCCUGUCGUUCAUGUGGCUUGAUUGUGGGCUUCAUUCUGUAUUCUACUUUCAGUGAUCUGGCUUAUCUCCGAGGCUUCUUCUGUUUCUUCAAGGACAGCAUCCUUUGUUAUCUCUUAAAAACUAAAACGAUAAUAGAAGCCUCUAAGGUAGAUUUUCCUGCUUUGAGCCUAAAGGAAGAACUCGGAAAACUAAAAGAAAAGCUUGUGAUAGUCCACAUGCGACUAGAAUUGCUGAUGAAGAAGAUGGAGGAACUAAACCAGAAGAAUAACGUGGCAGAAAAGCAAAGCACUGUGUCAGAUGCAGCUGGCCUCAUGCCAGGUUAUGCAAAAGUCAAGAUGAACAAAUAAUAGACCAUUUUAAAGAACUACUGGAGUUGUUUCCGCAUCUCUGCAGGGUUUGGUCAUAAUGAUGAAAUAAUGCACCAGAAAAGGUCAGAGACUUAAUCUGUCACUUUAUCUGUGUGUAGAAAGAACUUAUGCUAAAGUGCAUCUCUUCAGCCUUAAGGGAACACUUGAAAAUCCUAAAGUCCCGAAGCCAUUUGUUUUUCAAAACAAAUAGCUCACCCAUAUAGCACUGUACUCGGACAAAGUAGGACAACUGCUGUGGUUCUCCUUAACAAUGUUAGGAGAAAAAAACAGCCUUUAAAAAGCCGAAUUCAGAUUUUGGGGGACUGUAUAUCACCUUAUUGGUAUAUUUUAUAUAAAAGGAAUCAUUAUAAGUUAAACCUUCUUACAGAGUUCUAAAAUUGUCUUACCUUUACAUAUAGAUGCAAUGUUUAUGGUAGCUAGCUGUUAGUCAAGUGGUUUGUUAGCUGCAUCAGUUAUGAGAAGCACUGUUAAAUGGUGUCCUGAUAGUCUUUUAAACUUACUUCUAUGUGUGGCCUGCAAAAGGGGCCAGUGGGCAUGUCACGGAAGCUGCACAGCAUGCUCGAUAGAUGGGCAUGGAAGGCACACUGCUACCUGGAGUACAAGGUUUCACACUACAAGUUCAAGCACAGUGUAAGCACCUGCCAAUCCUCUGGAAGAGCAACUCCAUGGCUGCACUGGACUGGAUCAGUUUCUGUAGCUGUUGUCAGCCUCAGACCAGGGGCAACUGCCUUUAAAAAAUUUGAGCCCAUCUCUCUGAGUAUGAAGCCCUGAAAAUAAGGAACAUUCUUCUCUCCUCCCUUCCCUUCUGCUCAGUCAUGGGAACACAGCUUUGCUAAAGUUGUGAUAGCUGACCUGCUGCCUUCCCUUGGCCAGUGAGGAUGUUUCACAGAAAAUUGUGAAAGGGUACUUGUCAGCAUUUCUGUUAGCUUUGCACAGGUUCUGCUCCUCUCCAAAGAUUUAGAAACUCAUUUGAUGGAAAAAAUGCUACUUAACCCUUGUUAACGGGACAGAACAUAGUCCUUAAUUCCCAUUAGUAGCAAGAUUAGUUGGAAGAUUUCCCUACUGCUGCCUAGACAUUUCAGUUUUAAAGCUUUCAUUAAGCUUAGUAAUUGCCUGUAAUAGUCCAGAGAGGAAGAUAUUUACUUGAUUGACUUAACUCUGGUGAUGUGAUUUGCCCUCCCCUACUUCCACUUCCACAUGGGAAUGGCAGAUCGUACUCUGUGUGUCAUAGUCUUAGUUGUUUUGAUCUGUUUGUAAAAUAACUCUUAUAAUUGACUGGAGAGGAGAGGAUGAAAUUCACUGCAAAGUAUCCCAGGGGUUUAGAUGGGCAGCUGGUACUUAUCCUACUACUUAUGUUCAAUGUACUGCUUUUUGGUUAACAGUUCUGGGUGCUCUCAAAGUCUGUUCUGGUUGAGCAAUAACAGAAUAUCAACAGCUAUUCUGCCGGAAGAGGAGCACAUCUCCUUCAGUUAAAUUAUAACACUAUAUGCUACCUGAAUGACUAUUAUUGCCGGUUUUAGAUCUUUAACGGGCAUGAGUGCAGAAAUGCAGUGCUUUUCAAUGACAGCUAAAUUCAAGAUAUAAACGUUAUGUUGUAAGAUGUUUCAUUCUCUGUAAUGAUAAAUGUUAUCCUCUCUAAAAAGAGCUCUAGAGUUGCCAUUGUUUAUUCAGGUAAGGUUGGAAUUGCUGUAUUUGAUUACUUCAUUAUUAAGAACAAGGAAUUAUUUUUGUAAAGUUUUGUACAGUGACCUCUCCACUAUGUUUAAGGGCCCGUUGGUCUUUAACUGGGGUCUUGUGAAAAAACUAAUUUUGUAUGAGUAUCUCCCCAUCUCAGUGAGCGUUUCCAGUCGUAUGUCUUCACUUUUGUCUUACUUUCUAAGUGACUGCCCUUUUGUUGUUGCAUCAGUCUAAGAAACAUGAUUGAUAAUGGGGACUAUUUACUUUUGCUCAUCAUUCCAGUUUCUGCAUUGACUUUGUUUCUUACUAUGCAAUUUACAUCUACUCUCUGUAAUGUAAAUAGUGGUAAAGUGUCUUGCUUCAUGUUCAAUACACUAGAUGCAAUAAUAUCCACUGAAUUUAGCUAAGCAUCCCUAAGUGGAAGAAGAAUCUGUCAGUUGUUAUGAUUGUACCUUUACAGUUGUAAAUAAGAAACUGUUUCUAAUU